AAGAGAUAAAUGGGGCAACAUCAAUUAAAGGAAAUUUAGUUUUCCAUUCCAUCAUCAUUUCUUCUCAAAAUUACACAUAAGUCCUCUCAAGCAUUAAUGCAAUCUGCCAUUGAAGUUGGUCUAACAAUCGUUCACGCUAUUCAUAUAGUUUAUUAACUUGUUAUACCGAAAUGUAUUGUAAUUAUACUUUUCUCGUCUACUUAUAUAAUAUUUAUUAAUCUCGAUUUCAUUGGAGUUAUCAUUCACGCUGAACUAAAACCCCCGACUAGAGAGAAUUGUCACGCAAACCCUUUGAAUCAUUCGGUAGUUGUAUGUAGAUCGUCUUCGAACGAAAACCUGCCUGAUCAUCCUUAUAAAGUUCAGAUAUGUUGAAUCCCUUGAUGGCCCCAACACUUCUUGUGCUUUGCAUUUCCAGAGAUGGGAAGCGCUUCAAGGAUUGUCCAGCAUUCUUCGGUAAGGAAUGCUACACAAUAAAGAGAGAAGGACAAACAGUCUCAGGGAAAACAAAGGCUGAGACCACUUCGAGUCCUUGACCAAGUAUAAGAGGGCAAGUAAUCGAUAUGUUGACCUUCUCGUUUAGCUUGACCAAAUGGUUUUUAGGUGACUAAAGCAACUCUCUCUCGCACAAUAUAGCACCUAAUGCAGGAAAAGAGAUGUAAUUAAUCAUGUUUGGCAGUGUUGGCCUUAGGAUAUUUCAUGAGUCCGGGAUUAAACCGCAUUUCUUUUCUCAUUUAAUUUAGCACGUUGGUGUCUCCAAUGUUUGAAUUCAAAGGAUCACCUAACGAGCCAAUGUUUGAAGCCAAGUCCAAGUUUAACUUGUCAACAAGAACAUGUAAAGCCUUUCCAAUGUAGGAUGUGCUGGUCACAACCGUGAUUUUCCGUUGACUUUUUCUGCACCAAACCCACCAUGGGGUAGGUAACGAACCUACUACUGAUGAUGGCUUUGGCUUAUGAUGCCACGGGAGCAAUGUAAACUUGCGGAGGCAACUUAACUCUUUACUUAUAUCUGUUGCAUCCUCCAUGAGCUCAUCUUUGUGAAGAGCAAUUAGCUGCAUUUUGAUUGAGUACCCAUCGAUCUAUCCACCACCGAUCCAAGUCCUGACUACGUCUCAAAACAUGCAGUCCUAUACCAAGGCAGCCGUAGAGAGCAGUUGCGAACAAGCAUAUGCUGAUGUCAAUUGGGACGAGUUGGGAUUCAAUCUCAUCCCGGCCGAUUAUAUGUACAUAAUGAAGUGCACCGAUGGCGAGAACUUCUCUCAAGGAGCUCUCACUCGCUACACCAAGCUCCAGCUCGAUCCUUCUGCCGCAAUCCUGAACUAUGGACAGGGGUUGCUGGAAGGCCUAAAGGCACAACGGACAAAAGAUGGUCGGAUCCUGCUCUUUCGGCCAGAAGAGAACGGCCUGCGCAUGAAGAUGGGGGCCGAAAGGCUCUGCAUGCCAUCACCAUCCUUGCAGCAAUUCGUUGACUCCGUGAAGCAGACUGUCCUAGCCAACCAGCAUUGGGUUCCUCCUCCAGGAAAAGGAUCGUUGUAUGUUAGACCUUUGCUCAUCGGAAGUGGACCAGUUUUACGCAUGGGGCCAGCGCCAGAAUUUACAUUUGUUGUAUAUGCUUCACCUGUCGGUAAUCUGCAUAAGAUGUCCAUGAAAUUGGUCAUCCAGGAUAAAUCCCAUAGAGCUACACCUGGAGGAACUGGGGGAAUCAAAUCCAUCACAAACUACUCCCCUGUUUUCAAGCCCAUAAGUGAAGCAAAGUCCACAGGGUUCUCUGAUAUCCUGUUCCUCGAUGCAGCAACAGGAAAAUUCAUCGAAGAGGCUUCUUCGUGCAAUGUAUUUACAGUCAAGGGUAACGUCAUCUCUACGCCGGCAUUACAAGAUACCAUCUUGCCUGGGAUCACAAGAAAGAGCAUAAUUGAUAUUGCUCUCAGCUUCAAAUACCAGGUGGAAGAAUGUCUACUCAUGGUGGAGGAUGUGAUGGAUGCUGACGAAGUAUUCUGUACUGGAACAGCUGUGGGUGUCACUCCUGUUGGUAGUGUAACCUACCAGGGCAAAAGGUGUGAGUACAAAACAGGAGAAGACACAGUGACCGAAAGGCUUCGCGCAAAGCUUGCAGCGAUUCAAAUUGGUACUGCCGAAGAUGACUUUGGGUGGACUUCAACUCUUAACCAAGCUUGAUAGCUAUUCUCUACUGCCUAUGAAAAUGCAAGCUAGCUGAUAUGUGUAAGCGAUAAUGUGAUUCUUUUCUGCGGAAAAUUCUGAAUUAAAGAAUCUUAGAUCUUCAUGAUUUUUCACAAUAAGA